UCCUAGGCGCACAAAAGGCCGCGCUGCACUCCAGCUCGAACCGAAACUCGGCAUGGGCCGCCGCCGUCCAGGUGGCCUCCAACAUGGUGGGCAACGUUGCGAAGCGAGCGGCCAAGGACGGCAUGGCGAUUGACCCUCUGCGAACCGUCGCAAAGGAGAUGAAGUUCCUGACGGGCAACAUCCGCAAGCUGCUGGGAUCGGGUCACCCCGCCCUCGACCGAGUCGCAAAGUACUAUACGCAAGCCGAGGGCAAGCAUGUGCGGCCGCUCAUCGUCCUGCUCAUGUCGCGGGCCACUCAUCUGUGCCCCAAGAGCCCUCUCGAUGCCGUCCCCGAGACAUCAAGGGGAAUCGAUGCGUCAAUAUCCCCGAUGAAGAUCCUCAGCGACGUCAACCCAAUGUCGAACACAACAUCGUACGAGAGCGAAUUGGCCGAGUCGGCAAACCUCGACAUCCUGCCGAGCCAGAGACGGCUCGCCGAAAUCACGGAGCUGAUCCACACGGCAUCUCUGCUGCACGACGACGUUAUCGACCACUCUGUUUCAAGGCGCGGUGCGCCGUCGGCCAACCUGGAGUUUGGCAACAAGAUGGCCGUGCUGGCGGGCGAUUUCCUCUUGGGCAGGGCCUCUGUUGCGCUGGCGCGGCUACGCAACGCCGAGGUUGUGGAGCUGUUGGCUACUGUCAUUGCCAAUCUGGUUGAGGGCGAGUUCAUGCAGCUCAAGAACACGGAGCGCGAUGAGCGCAGCCCCAAGUGGUCGGAGGAGACGCUGAGCUACUACCUGCAAAAGACAUAUCUCAAGACUGCCAGUCUCAUUUCCAAGUCUUGCCGAGCAGCGGCGCUUCUGGGCAACGCUGACCAGCACACCGUUGAGGCCGCAUAUUCGUAUGGACGCAACUUGGGCCUGGCUUUCCAGCUUGUGGACGAUAUGCUGGACUACACUCGGUCUGGCAAGGACCUGGGUAAGCCUAGCGGAGCGGAUCUGGAGCUGGGUCUGGCGACGGCGCCGCUGCUGUUUGCCUGGAAGCAGAUGCCGGAGCUUGGAGCUCUCGUUGGGCGCAAGUUUGCCCAAGAGGGUGAUGUUGAAAGGGCUCGCCAAUUGGUUCUCCAGAGCGACGGCAUCGAGCAAACCCGAGCUCUCGCCUACGACUACUCUGAGAAGGCGAUUGCUGCCAUUGCCGACUUCCCUGACAGCGAGGCCAAGGAUGGGCUGAUUGAAAUGGCUCACAAGACGAUUCAGCGCCAAAAGUAACCGGUUGUUGGAG